UACGGAGGAAUAAAGGAAGAGGCAACGUUUUUCGGUUGCUAUGUUACCUUCAUGAGAUCCAUACAGCAAAAAUGAGCACAGUUAGUGCAGAGAGGAAACCAAAUGGAGCAGUAUUAUUUACUGGUCCAGAUGGAAUCAGUGACUUCAAGACACAUGUUGAGGAACAAUUCUGUGUGGGUCACGGCUCCAUGUCCCCUGAGGCCUCUAGUGAUACUAAGUACCUCUGCAGAGCUGCAACUAAUUGUCCCUAUCCACCUCCAAAGACGGCCAGGGUGGGAGAGAUAGGGUGGGGUGUUCCCAAGUUCUCAGACAACUCCCUACUCAAGUCUAAACAGCAAAUAAUGUUGAAGGAAUUUCGUCAAGCCAGUGAACACAGACACACCCACCGGUAUCAAGACCCCUACUAUCCACCACCCUCCCCCACACGCUCAUCAUCUCAGAGGAAAGCACUAGGUGCUCAGGAGGAUACAAUCAAUGAUCGGAAACUCUCAGUGAGGUCACAGUCAAGUUCAGAACACUCCUAGUCUACUAAUUGACUGUUUGUCAGAGACUAUAAUUUUGUAAUGCCACUGCGACACAGACUAUUGUGACUGUUUCCUUUUUUUUUCCGUGUCAACAAAGUAUUUUUAUCUGUUUACUGUUUAUUAUCAGUGAAGGUCAACGCA